UGUUACUUCUCUUGCAGCUGUCGUUGGUCUGCUGUAUCCCUGCAUUGACAGCCACCUGGGGGAACCACACAAAUUCAAGAGAGAAUGGGCCAGCGUAAUGCGAUGUAUAGCAGUUUUUGUUGGCAUUAACCAUGCAAGUGCUAAACUAGAUUUUGCAAACAACGUCCAGCUGUCCCUGACUCUAGCAGCCUUAUCACUGGGUCUUUGGUGGACAUUUGAUCGUUCAAGAAGUGGUCUCGGACUUGGAAUUACAAUAGCCUUUGUAGCAACUCUGAUAACCCAGUUUCUUGUAUAUAAUGGUGUUUAUCAGUAUACAUCCCCAGAUUUUCUUUACAUCCGUUCUUGGCUUCCAUGUAUAUUUUUCUCAGGAGGUGUGACUGUAGGAAACAUAGGACGCCAACUGGCUAUGGGUAUUCCAGAGAAACCACACAAUGACUAAGUCUUCGAAGAAGAGAGCAUGGUGCCAGUGUGAAAGCAACAUUGCGAAGAUAUGUUCCUGUUUUAAAUU